CUCGCCCCCACUCGCCGCGCGCGAGGCGUGACCGGUGCCGUUCGUGCACACCGCACGCUUCCGAACCGCCCCGAGGAACGGACGCGCAUGCGCGCAGCUCGGGUUGACGGGCUGGGUCCUGUGAAUAGCGAUUGCAGGCCGGCUGCAGGGAGUGGUGUGGAUCCUCAAGCGAUCAGCUAGUAAGCAAGGGGCUGGGGUGUGAAACACAGGAGGACCACGCUUGAUUCCAGUCCACAGCGCAGGAGACCUGGUUCCCGUGACCUGACAGUACAGUAAAUUUGGCCCCUGCGGCCCGACAGCCAGUGGAGACCCGUCAUCGCGGCCUGACAACCCAGAGGUCAAGCUCUUCUCCAGUUUGACAGCCCAGGCCUAUCCAGAACAGCUCAUCUGUUGGGUCUGAUCUAAGAGACAGCCAACAGGAAGAGACCGCCAGACCUGCUACACUCUCAAGUUGCUGUUUCGAUAAACAUGGAGCUCUGAGGUGGAACAAACCUUCCAGUUUGAUCUGCGACUUUUCUAUGACAAUGAGAUUACUGCCACAAAAUUUACUUUGAGCCUUAUAUAUUGGAGACUAAUCGUGUGAAACAUGCUAUCGAAUCACAUCCCUCUGAUAAAGUCUUCAUAGUCUGGCAGAUCUUUUGUCAUAAGAUUCUCAAUGGUGCAUCUUAACCUGCGCUUAUAGGUUUACGGCUUUGUUUCUUAGUGUGUACUACUACACCUGAAAGCAAGGGAUUUUAUGCAACUAUUUGACCUAAGUAGAGUUUGCCAUUCCGCUUUUAUAUUGAUUGAGCACAGGGAAGGAUUGAGAAUAAACAGAACCUGCCUGUCUGAUUUGCCUGCCCUUUAACAGUUACCUACUGUUCAAUAUAUCCGUUGGAGUUGCAAAGAGAACAAGUACCUGAGCAGAACCAUUCUCUCAUCAAUCCAGCCGACUUUUACUAUGUGUUGAACACGUUCAUCUCUGUAAAGAUAGCUAUCCACACUGUCAAUUCAAGAGCAAUGGGGAAGCUUGCAGGGGGCAAAUGUUGGCUUAUCUGAUAUCAAAACAUCCAGUGCACAAUGCACAUAGGGGAAAGUGCAAAGAAAACGAUAGCUGUAGAAUUUUAACUGAGUGCAGAAUCAUAUUGUUUUUGUUCUGUUGAAUUUAUCUUUUGCAGUAAUCACUAUUGUUUUGAAGAAAUUUCCAAGGUUAGUCUUUUGCUGCCAUUAAAUACAAAGUUAUUUAUUUGAUAUGCCAGUGGCAUUGGGAUCAGUGUUAGCAUAUAUAUUGAUCUAUAUCAGACCGUUUUAAAAUUUGACCUGUUGUUUAACUGAGUUAGCAUCACUUAAAUUUCUUUUUGAAGCUGACCUUCUGUCUGAGUAUUGCUGUGAUAUCCGAAGAUGGUUUUGUGCAAAAAUUAAAAUUAAUAUUUAGUUUAUGUUUUUACUGGGAUGUGGUUGUUGGAAGUCAGACUUAGAGUGCUGUGAUGUAGUUUAAGCCAAUCACUGUGUGCCAGUUGGUGUUUUACGUAUGAGGUUAAAAAAAUAGAUAUUUAAUACUAUACAUACAAGUAGCAAGGUUGUUGCUAUCAGACCCUUUCUUACUGUGCUUCUCUCUCAGUCUGCUUCUAACAUCUUGCUUUACUCUGUACAAUGCGUUUGACAUCCCUUUUACCCCUUUUCCGGCCUGCUCUUCCCCUGAUCCUGGGGCUCUCGUUGGGCUGCAGCCUGAGUUUGCUGCGAGCCUCCUGGACUCAGGGAAAUGGGGAUGAAUCAUGCAUGGAUACAGGAGACAGCAUAGGGCUACUCCAUAACAAUGGACAUCCUGGAGCUGAAACAGGGGAGUUCACUGGCAACAAGGAAUAUGAGCCAAGGAUAGUCCCUUAUUACAAGGAUCCCAACAAGCCACACAAGAAAGUGCUGAGAACACGUUACAUCCACACAGAGUUGGGAAUCCGUGAUCGACUGUUUGUUGGUGUACUGACAUCCAAAGGUACUCUGAACACAUUGGCUGUGUCUGUUAAUCGGACAGUGGCCCAUCACUUCAACAAGCUGGUAUAUUUCACUGGGUUUCGCAAUACCAAGGUUCCACAUGGUAUGCAGAUAGUAUCCCAUGGAGAUGACCAACCUGUGUGGCUAAUGUACCGAACCAUCCAGUACAUCUAUGAACAUUAUGGCAAUGAGUACGACUGGUUCUACUUGACUCAGGAUAACACAUACACUGAGGCAGAACGCAUCAAGUCUCUCAUUUCUCACCUGAGUAUCAACAAUGACCUGUAUUUGGGACGGACAGAAGAAUUCAUUGGCGGUGACCCUGACUCACGCUAUUGCCAUGGUGGCUAUGGUUAUGUGUUAUCACGGAGUGUCCUUAUCAAGCUUCAGCAGUACCUGGACAGCUGUCGCAAUGAUAUCCUGAGUGCACGACCAGAUGAGUGGCUUGGUCGCUGCAUCAUAGACUUCAUUGGUAUCAGCUGCAUUGACAAACAUAAGAAUGUGCGCUACCGAUCCUUUCAACUGGGCAAGAAUACUGACCCAGAUAAAGAGGACAGUGCAGAAUUCACUAAGGCCUUCACUGUUCAUCUGGUGCCUCAUCCUAUGCUGAUGUAUCGCCUUCAUCGCCGAUUCAGUGAAAUUGAACUGGAAAAAACAUACCAGGAAAUCAGAGAAUUACAGAUGGAAAUAAAGAACCUGAGUAAGCUGACACCAGAGGGAGAAGUGGGAGCCUCCUGGCCAAUUGGCAUCAAUCCUCCAUUCAAACCCAAAACCCGCUUUGAGGUCAUAAACUGGGACUAUUUCACAGAAGAGCAGAUUUACUCAUGUGUCGAGGGGGCUCCCAAGUGCGAACUUCGCGGAAUCAACAAGGCAGACAUCAAGGACAUUAUCGAGACAGCUGUGCAGCAGUUGAAUGAAAAGUACCAGCCCUUGUUACAUUUUCGCAAGCGUCAGCUGCUCAAUGGCUAUCGGCGCUUCGAUCCAACACGCGGUAUGGAGUACACACUGGAUCUGGUGCUGGAGGCCCAUACUCAGAAGGGGUACAGCCGGGCCAUUGCAAAGCGUGUCAGUUUGCUACGGCCACUCAGCAAUGUUGAGAUCAUCCCUAUGCCGUAUGUGACCGAGGCCACCCGGGUUCAGGUGAUCCUGCCCCUGACAGUGCACGAGCAGGACUAUGUGGGGAACUUCCUGGAAGCCUACUCCAUGAAUGGCUUGGACUUACACGACAAUAUGCUGUUGACAUUCCUGUUCAUCUACGACCCCUUUGAUGCACAACGCGUGAGUCAGAAUGAUGUUUUUGCAGGGGUCAAGUCCUCCAUAGCCAAGAUCGAGAAGCGAUACGCUGAUGUGAAGAUCCCAUGGAUAAGCGUCAAAACGGAUAUUCCUUCCCAGGUUAAGAUCAUGGAUAUCAUCUCCAAAAAGCAUCCGGUAGACACCUUGUUCUUUAUCGCUAGUGUCUGGACUGAGAUCAACGGUGAGUUUCUCAACCGUUGCCGCAUGAACACCAUAAGUAAUUGGCAGGUCUUCUUUCCCAUCCACUUCCAGGAGUACAACCCUGCUGUCAUCUACCGGGAGCAGCAGACCCCCUCUUCCGCUGAGUUUGUGAAGGAUGGCCAUUUUGACCGGCGCAUAUUCAGUGAGGCAUGCUUCUUCAACUCAGAUUACAUGGCAGCCCGCACCAAGAUGGCAGCAGACAUCCUGGACAAUGAUGAAAUGCUGGAGAACAUGGAGUUGUAUGACGUCUUCAUCAAGUACUCCAGCCUGCAUGUCUUCCGACCAGUGGAGCCAGCCUUAGUGCAGAAGUACAGUUACAGAACCUGCAACCCAAGGCUCAGUGAGGAGCUCUAUCACCGCUGCAUGCUUAGCAAUCUGGAAGGGCUGGCAUCACGCUCCCAGCUGGCUUUGGCUAUGUUUGAACAAGAGCAGGCCAAUAGCACUUAGAUCUGACUCUGUAGCAAGGACUAAUGUAAGGUUUGACUUUCUAGUAUUUUCUUAGAGAAACUUGUUACACUGGGGACUGUAGUUUGGCUUUUAGCCACUGGGAUCUUGGUUCAAAUCCUACCUGUUUAGACAAAGACAGAAGACAUAUAAUCCUUCAAAAGGAGGCUGAUUGAAAAUCCAAUCUAAUCUCAGGUACAAUCCAACAAAGAAUCCUUGGUUUCUCACUUUCCUUUCCAAUCUCUGUAUUUUAUAAAUAAAUUUAGCAUCACCCAGUCAUGGAUCCCCUACUUAACCAAAGGUAAGAAUCAUCAUUCCUGGUGACAAGGUGCCCUGGGGCUUUAGCUCUGGGAUCUCUGCCCGGCAGCUGAAUGGUGCUGACCUGAGUGGGAAGUGGCCCAUUCUCCAGCCUGAGCAGCCCUUACGUCACUGAACUUCAGCAAAUCUUAGAGGUAGCAUCGCAGAUGAGCUUGGCUAAAUUCCGCAUCUCAGUCACCUUCUCAACUUGUUCCCUGUGGCAAAUCAAGUAGGAAACAAAAUAUCCAACAAAGGUUUUGCAAUUAAUAAGAAUUUUAAGAAAAGUGACUGAUGAGAAAGAACUUUUGGUUCUUUUGAGGCCACUUCUCUCUCAAAUUCUGUGCACUCUCCCUAUCAUACUCUACCUAUUCAUUUAAUCUUUGACAGAUAUGAGCCCUUCACUCUGUCAUCCCCAUUCAACCCAUACAUUUAACCCCCUUUCAGGGUUGUUGUGUAGUGCUUAAGUUAUGAGACCAACUAGAAGCUGAGUCUAAUAAUCCAGAGACUGGUGUAUCUAUCUCACCUUUGGACUUUACAAUUUAAAUUUGGUAAUCAAAAACAACUAAUCUUAGUGAUUAUGUCUGGAAAAGCUACCGCUUAUCAAAAAAAACAUUUGUUUAAUGUCAUUUGGAGAAGAAAUGUCCUGUGCUUACCUCUCAGCCAAUUGUGACAGCAGAGCCACACUAUAUGGUUGACUCUUCAAUGCCUUCUGAAAUGGUCCAAUGAAUCACUAUUUAAGGGCAAAUAAGGACAGGCAUACACCCAGAUUCUAAAGAAAGAAUUCCGAAAAAAAGAAACAUACCUGACCCUUUUCCCCAGCCUCCCAGUGACCUCAUGGUUCCUUUAGGCAAAGUUCUGUAUGAACAUUCCCCAAUGUUAAAAUGAAAGCUAGAAUUUGAAAUUUGCAGUCAAGCCCACAUCUCCUUAAACCUGACCUGCUGCAUUCACCUAAUUCAGUCAGGUACAUUCAGUUAACUUAUAAAAUGAGUCUGAGGCAAUUGCAAUAAUUGACCACCCUUUCCUUGGAUGAAGACAAAACAGCUGUAAGUGUUGGGAUACUGGAAUCAGUGAAUGGAAAUAGUACAGAAGGAAUGGAAAUAGUUCUGCCCCUCAUGCUUGUGCUGCCAAGUCUUUGUUUGAGCACUCCAAUUAGCAUCACUUGCUCCUUCCCUGCUCUUAUUUUCCCUUUAAAUGUUGAUCCAAUUCUACUCGGGUGUAGGAGUUAGUUAAGAAACCUGGUGGUGUGGAUAGUGAGGAAGGGUGUGUAAGGGACAUUGGAAUAUAAUGGGCUAACUGUUUGCAGAUGGAAUUUAAUCCUGACAAGCGUGAAGUGAUGCAUUUUGUGAAGUCAUAUAGGAGUAGGGCACACACAGUAAAUUGUGAGGCACCAAGGAAUGCUGAUUAACAGAGGAAACAGGACUCAUAAUUCCCUGUGAGGUGGUAACCAGGUGGAAGGGCCUUUUUCUGAGCUGUAGGACUCUUGACGUUAAAUAGAUGAACAGCAGCACACUUGUCAGAAGUUGGGUGGUUCAGACUUACACCUUCACCUGAGAGACAUGAUACAGUACCAGAACCCCCAGAACAAAGCAUUCACUGAACCUAUCAUGUCACCUCUCUAACCACUCGUGCUCUGUCUGUGCACUGUGGUCUUAUCACAUUUGUGGGCAGGAAGUGGAACAGUUAUUCAUUCACGUCUGGUUUGGUUCCGGAUCCUGCGUUGGCUACAGAUGGAUGACAGACCGUAGGCUCUUGGACCAAUAGAGUGAAGCUCCUUUGUUGCCCAGUCUCAAGUGCUGACCAUUCUACUCCUUGUCCUUAGAUUGGCUUUUUGGGAUUGACACUGACUGCAAGGGUCUGUCUGGGCUAUAUUUGAGUCUGUUUCUCUGGUGUUGUGAGGUCUGAGCCUUGUACGCUGUACACACUCAACCCUCUUUUAUUUGAUUAAUCAGCCCACUAGUAUUACCCAUGGUGAUUGGGUCCCAAUGUGAAGUAUGUUAUAAUAGUUCCAAUUUAAGAAUGUAAUUGAAGUGUACUUUGGAAGUGGUUUAUUAUUGUUACAUGACCCAAGAUACAAUGAGAAGCUUCUCUUACAUACUGUUCAUACAGAUUAGAUCAUUGCAGUGCAUUGAGGUAGAACAGAGUAAAAUAACAAUGCAGAAUAAACUGUAACAGCUACAGAGAAAGUGCAGUGCAGGUAAACAAUGAGGUACAAGAUCGUAGUUUGAUAGCUGCCUUAUGAAUGGUGUCACAGAAAUGUCAUUCAGCCUGCUGAGCACACCCUCAUGUGAGAAUUCUGUAAGAAAAUCUAGCCAAUCACAGUCCUGACCCUCCCCACAGUUUUUUUCCCUUUUUGGUUAUAAUCCACUUCCCUUUUGUACUCUACAAUUGAAUCUCGCUUAAUGCUUCUCCAUCAACUCGCCGCUUGCUGCUCUUUAACAUAAAAAGUUUUUUAUCUCAUAUCACAUCUGGUUCUUUUGUUAAUUGUCUUAAUUCUAUAACCUCUGGUUCUUGAUCCUUCCAGCACUAUCUAAUAUAUAUGUGUUCUGCCUAUAGCCUUCGUGAAUAUUGUUCCUUUACACAGACAUGAGAUCCUGCAGGUGCUGGAAAUCACACAAAAUGCUGGUGGAGCUCAGCAGGUCAGGCAGCAUCUAUCGAAAUAAAUGAUGAAGGGUGUCUGCCUGAAAUAUUGACAGUUUAUUCAUUUUCAUAGAUGCUGCUUGACCUUCUGAGUUCCACCAACAUUUUGUCUGUGUACCUACACAGACCCCUGCCCAAUCUUCUCAAUCACAAGUAGAUCAACCACAAUUUCUCAAGUCUAUCUGUAUAAUUCAAAUUCAUUUGCCCUAUAAUCAUUUGCCUAGUUCCCAUUGGUAUCUUCUCUAAAGUGUUCACAUCUUUCAUAAAGUGUGGAUGUACCAUCUCAGAGAAGCAGUGACUGGAUGGAGAGCUGUAGGUAAGGGGACUGCUGCCUCCCAAAGUGCUCUGGAGAACUUGACAGCGUGCCAAAUCCCAGACAACCUCAUUGAGGGUCUCAACCAAGCCACCGCAGAGGCCCCAGUGUCCCAAGUUAGAAGAGGAUUGAAUGACAUUUCAAUUCUGGAUUAAUAGCUUGUGGUCUCCUAUAUUGUAUCGUGUGUGUGUGUGUGUGUGUGU